AUGGAUUCUUCGGACAAGCAAGAAGUAGCAGAACAAGACCAAGAGGAAGAGAUGAUCAAUAGUGACAGAUCAUCACCAGCAUGUCAGGGUUAUACCGAGGCUCUGAUGCAACUUCUAACUGGAAAUUACGGUGACUCCGAAUCCGAACAUUCAGAUAGCUCUGAAGAAACUCAAAAGCGUCCCGAGCUCGCUGACGUCAACUGGGAUGCAAUUCUGAUGAACAAGUUGCAAGACGACAUGGAUCAAAGCUCAAUGACCUCGGAAAGUCCAUCAAGUGAUUCAGGCAUGGACAACAACAUAAUUGAAGAAGACAAAACAAAAGACACACCUCGAAUUGAUACAGACUGGUAUCCGUUCACAAAGGAGGUGUGUCUUUUGGAUCUUCAAUAA